AUGUCUGCCCAGGGACUGCCAGCGCACAUUUUGGCACUCUUUACUCCCAGGCCCCCGCCGCAGCAUCUGCCCCCAUGCGUGGUGAAGCCCUUGAUCAAAAUCUCCGGCUGUGCAGAGUAUGUUGAGUUCUUCUCAACAGAUCCACCACCGCCAAGGGAACCAUGGGAGUCUCCUUUGGAGCGCAAAGCCAGGAGACAUCGAGAGAAGGUUCAGGCUCACAAAGCCGUGCAGAAGAAGGUCAUCGACGUCUAUGAUCCCCACAAGGACCCCAAUGCAAGCGGUGAUCCCUUCAAGACUCUAUUCGUUGGCCGUAUAAGCUACGACACGACAGAAAAGAAGCUGAAGCGUGAGUUCGAAGUCUUUGGAAGCAUCAAGAAGGUUCGCAUGGUCUACGAUCAAAAAGGCAAGCCACGAGGAUACGCAUUCAUCGAGUUCGAACAUGAGCGUGACCUGAAGAAUGCCUACAAGCAGGGAGAUGGCAAGAAGAUUGACGGUCGGCGCGUCAUGGUGGACGUGGAGCGUGGUCGCACGGUGGAGGGCUGGCUCCCUCGCCGGCUUGGUGGUGGACGCGGACCUGGCCGCCAAGGCAAGCCUUCGAAGAAGAAGCAGAGGAGGCUCGCGGAGACGACCGAAAAGCUGAAGGAAAAAGAGAAGGAGGAGAAAGCAGACAAGAAGAAGGAGAAGGAAAAAGAUAAGGAAGAUGAUGACAAGAAGGACAGAAAAGGAAGAGACAAGGAAAAGGAGAAGGAGAAGGACAAGGACAAGGACAAGGAGCGGGAGCGAGAGAAGGAUAAGGACAAGAAGAAAGACAAGGAGAAGGAACGCAAACGCGAACGUUCCCGAAGCCGUGACCGUGACCGCAAGAAGUAG